AAAUCUCGCUGUCUUUCAUUGCAGAGACCAUCAAGCCUUCACCGAGACGCAAUAACAGCAUCUUUUGCUGUUAUUCAGCUCUCGCAGCUCAAUGACACUAUCCAGUGUCGAAACUCGCUUUUUUUCAUAAGAGAUUAUUUUCAUAGACUUUGGCCGUGUGAUUUGUUUUGGGGUUUUUUUUUUUGUCUACAAAACUUUGUACAAUUUAUUUUCUUGCCACCAUGGUGCUAGGAAAGGUAAAGAGCUUCGUUGUAAGCUACGACUGUCUCAAUGACAGCAAUGUCCCUGUUUUCUCAAGUGGGGACUCCGUCUCAGGUAGAGUUAUUAUUGAAGUCACAGGGGAGAUUCGUGUAAAGUCACUUAAAAUACAUGCAAAGGGAUUUGCAAAAGUUCGUUGGACAGAAUCACGAAAUGCUGGAUCCAACACUGCCUACACUCAAAAUUAUACAGAAGAAGUGGAAUAUCUGAAUCAUAGAGACAUCCUUAUUGGCCACGAAAGAGAUGAUGAUAACUCUGAGGAGGGGCUUACCACUAUUCAUUCAGGAAGACAUGAGUAUGCAUUCAGCUUUGAGCUUCCACAAACACCUUUGGCUACCUCGUUCGAAGGGAAGCAUGGCAGUGUGCGCUACUGGGUAAAGGCUGAGCUGCACAGGCCUUGGCUUCUGCCCAUGAAGACCAAGAAAGAGUUCACUGUCUUUGAACACAUCGACAUCAACACUCCUCUCCUGCUGUCUCCUCAGGCAGGAACUAAAGAAAAGACGCUAUGCUGCUGGUUUUGCACCUCAGGUCCAAUCUCCUUAAGUGCCAAAAUUGAACGGAAGGGUUAUACUCCAGGAGAGUCCAUUCAAAUCUUUGCAGAAAUCGAAAACUGUUCCUCACGCAUGGUUGUGCCAAAGGCUGCCAUUUACCAAACACAGACCUUCUUUGCCAAAGGGAAGAUGAAGGAGAUCAAGCAAUUGGUGGCCAACAUCCGAGGGGAGUCGCUUUCUUCAGGCAAGACGGAGACAUGGAGUGGAAAAAUGUUAAAAAUCCCUCCUGUAUCACCCUCCAUCCUCGACUGCAGUAUCAUUAGAGUGGAGUACUCACUCAUGGUGUAUGUAGAUAUCCCAGGAGCCAUGAACCUAUCUUUAAACCUGCCCCUGGUGAUUGGGACCAUCCCCCUCCAUCCUUUUGGUAGCCGUACAUCUUCUGUGAGCAGUCAGUGCAGCAUGACCAUGAGCUGGUUAGGCAUGGCCCUCCCUGAGAGGCCUGAAGCUCCUCCAGCCUAUGCAGAGGUGGUCACAGAAGAACAGAGGCAAGGCUGUCUGGAUGUGUCGUCAGGCCGGGAGAACUUUGAAGGGCCAUUAUUGGCCUACAUCCAGGAGUUCCGCUUCCGACCCCCUCCACCCUACUCUGAGAUUGAUCCACAUCCAGAUCAAGCCACAUCGACUGCGGAGCAGAGACUCGACACCUGCCCAUCACGUUGAGAAAUGUAUGGAAUGAGUCCAAAGUGUUUGGGCUUCAGGAGCUUUCACUUUUGUUUAUCUCCAGAUGACAGCGAUUGUUCGCUUCGCUGUCACCACCGAGAGAAAACAAACCUCUAUGGAGAAAUCCGUUCGUAAGGGUCCAGGAAGUCACUGGCAAAUUACCCGACCCAGAGAACCCUCCUCCCCCCUUCACCGGACUAAGCCUGGAGAGCUACAGUAUGUCAAAGUAGUCACUUUUCUCAAAGAACAUUUAGACCUUGUUCGAGAUCUGAAGAGAAAGGCAAGAAAACACUACGACCGCAGCCAUUCGCAGUACAGCUGGGAGAAACUCGUCAUUCUCUUGUCUCAGUUUCGGAUUUCUGUUUGCGUUCCUUGAUUUGAGUUUUAAAAUCACUGAUUGUUUUAUUUCAGAGAUUACAGGCUUAUAACAGUUUCGCUUGAGCCGCACAAAUUACAAACAACACAGAGAACAGAUUCUGAGUAUAAUAACAGACUGAAUGGACUGACGUAAUGCACUGAUCUUGUUCAAGCUCUUUUGAGGUCUGUAGUUUUCAUUGAUUGUGUUUCCUCGGUCAAUAAUCUGCUCUUGGUAACACGCUUUCUGAAAGCUUUUGCAAUGUUGCCUCGCCAACUCCCAAACCAAGAAUGGCUUUUGUUUUGUUUUUUCCUGUUCAAAUGGACUUCAUUUUCGGUUCUAAAUGUAGAACCUUUCAGCCAAACUGGUUUGCUUGGUUUUAAAUGUGUUGCACAUGUUGUUUGGUAGAGGAGCAAAAGUCCAGGACUUGGUGUUCAUGUGUGUGAUCGGAGCAGAGAGAUAAAACAGGGUGUGGGCCUGGGCAGGAUGCCUGAAAAGUUUGUGGCCUUUCUGUUCAUAGUGUGUAGCGGUGCAGGCUUCGAGAUUGCACUGCCUGAAAAAAAGCACUCAGUCUCAGGUCAUCUCACUUGCCAAAUGAAAACAAAAUGGUGCAGAUUAUGUUUCAGUUAAAGGAAGGAGACUACGGAAGGAAAUUCAGAUUCAAUAUUGAAAAACCGAUUCAAUAAAGAGAGGAGAUAUGCACAAAGAUUCAAGGCAGCUUUCAAAGACUUGUGACAUUCCCUUUUUGUCCUGCUGCACCGGAGGACUUACAUUUGACGUAAUGUUUCUUCAGACCAGUGAAGCCAUGCAUGACCCAGAGAAUGGCACAAAUGCUUAAAAAGCCAAGUUGUAAAGCAAAACGAGGACUCUGGAUCUUAUCCAGAGACAUCCGAAUCUAGUUGAAAUGAGUCGUACAUUUGUUUUUAAAACUCAUUCGACUAAAAAAGCAGUUUAGGCUCUGAUCAUGCUUGGCCCUCAUUAAGCGCUUGCUUUUUUUUUCUUUUUUUUUGUUAUGUCUGGUUGAGGUCUGGAGAAAUUUUGGCAUUCAACCGUUUAGCUAUGUAAAUAAUUGAAGAAGUGUUUUGAUUUAUAGAAUUAGUCAUUAUUUGUGCACACAGUGUGUGUUAUAGGUUCAUCUCUAAUGUGGUGGUGGUUAUGAUUCAGCAGUUUUUGGAGCAAAGUGAUCUUAACAUAGUGGCCUUGAAGAAUUACUGAUCGUAACAUCCUAUUUGUUAUCCUUUUAGUCCUACAGAUUGGGGUUUAGUUUAAAAGGACAAAAAGGGAAAAGCAAAAAGUCCUUCAAAGCGAGCAAGCAUGCAUGCCACUUUUGAUUUGAAUGGGUUUAGGUUUUCAGUUAUUCAGUUUUGAUGAAUACUCAUGGGCAUUCAGUGUUCGUUUUUCAAAUAAACGAACUAAUAUGGAUCCUCUCAAUUAAUAUGGGAACAGUAGCUGUAGCACACGUUAGAGAAAUGGGUCAUCCAAAAACUCAAGAGAUGAUUAUGAGAAGAAAAUGUUUUGCUUCUCUGUUGUGUUUUAUAGUUUAAUA